AAUGAUGUGGUAGACCCAAGAGGCAUGACUUGAUGACAAAUAUGUAAUAUAACAAGUUGUUAUGUUUGUUGGAAGGAAAUUAAAGAGUUUCUUUUCUUUCUUGUGAUUGUUGAAGUGAUCAGAGAGAUGGCAACAUUUGGAGGCACAACACAGAAGUGCAGAGCAUGUGAAAAGAAGGUGUAUUGGGUGGAACAGCUCACUGCUGACAACAAGGUCUACCAUAAAUCUUGCUUCAGAUGUCACCAUUGCAAGGGUACCCUCAAGCUGAGUAAUUAUUGUUCAUUUGAGGGAGUUCUAUACUGCAAGCCUCAUUUUGAUCAACUUUUUAAGAUGACUGGCAGCUUGGACAAAAGUUUUGAAGGAGUUCCAAAAACUGCAAGGAUUGAAAGAUCUGCUGAUCAGGUACAAAGCAAUAGCAAGGUUUCAAGAUUGUUUGCAGGGACUCAAGAAAAGUGUGUUGGUUGCAAGAAAACAGUAUACCCUAUUGAAAAGGUGGGUGUUGAUGGGAAAUGUUACCAUAAGGGAUGCUUCAGGUGCAGCCAUGGAGGGUGUGUAAUAAGCCCAUCAAAUUAUGUGGCCCAUGAACAUCGCCUUUAUUGCAAGCACCACCAUACUCAGCUCUUCAAGCAGAAGGGUAACUUCACCCAAUUUGACAUUCAUAGCAAUGGCCAUGGGAUUUCUGAGAAUGAUAACACAAAUUCUUCUUAUGAGUAGUAAUCACGAAACUUUGAUACAUGUACAACCAUUAUUUUUGUCAUCUAAUGGAACUUUCAUAGUUACGAUAAUAA